AUGUCUCGUAUGGAAGAAGAUUUAUUUCAACCAAUAUUUCAUAAUCAUUAUUUGACAUUAAAAUUAAAUUUAACAUCAAUGGGAAAAAAUUAUUUGAAUGAUUUUAAAAAUGAUUCCAGCGAGAAAAUUGAUUGUCUUAAAAUAACCUGUUUAAAAAGAUCGAAAAAUAAAAAAGAUUUUCAUCCAAUCUGUCAUAUUCGUUUGAAUUUUCGUAUAAAAAUAUUCAAUUUAAAAGAAGUACCUUUGACUCUUUUAUCAAAAAAUUCAAGUUGUUUAUUAUCAUUAACAACUGCAUCUGAUAUUAUAUCUCUCGAUAUUAAUGAAAUCUUCUUAGUUGACGAUAAAUUUCGUUUUACUUAUAAAUGGUCAAAUUUUAUAGAAGAAAAAUUAAUGUCUUGGUCUCAAUGGCCUUUAACAAUUACAUGUUUAAUUUCACGUUUUAAAAAUUUACCUAAAAACGAAAAUCAAUCUUCAGAAUUACAUUUUGACUCUUUUCAAUGUUUUUCUGUAGAUACUUUGGUUCAUUCAACUUCGCAAGAAUUAUUUAUUAGAGAACAAGAAGCUGUUUCGUACUGGCUUGAUUUACAAAAUAAAGAGUCAAUUGAUAAAAGAUUUUUCGAUAAAAAUAAUAAUUCAGUAAAAACAAGACGUUUAGCUCCAUUUGAACUAGCAAAAAAUACUCGAGUGUGUUCACAAAAAUUUCAAAAUUGGAUUUUAAAUUAUCAACAAUGGCAUGAAAAGAUUAGUUUGGCUAUUAGUAAUCGAUCAAUGACAUUUGAAGAACAAUUUCAACGUAUACUUGAACUUAAUGUUCGUUUUUUAAUCUAUGAAAAACAUCCAACAGGUAUUGCUGAUCAAUUAACGCAUUUAAUAUCAACUUAUUUCGUAGCUUUAUUAACAAAUCGAUUAUUUAUAUUUGAUACAAAUUGGCCAGAAUUUAUAAAUACUAUGCAAUCAAGUUUAAAUUAUCAACCAGAAUUUAUUAUUCCUUGGUAUUCUCAAUUUGAUUUGAUUAAGAAAAAUUUAUCUUUGACUAUUCAAAAUAAUUUAACAAUAGGAGCACAUUGGUUUUCUCUUGAUCGAUAUAAUAGAGAUUUUAAUUAUGAAGACUAUUUGCGUCAACGUAUUGCUAUAUUAAAAGGUCAUACAGGAGGUGUUAUACAUACAAUUACAUCUAAUUUAAGUAUUUAUAGAAAAUUUUUAACUAUUGAUCUUGAAAUGAAUUCAGAAAAUAUUUUUGGAUGUCUUUAUCAUUCUCUGUUUACUUAUCGUUUAUCUUCAUUGAUUAAAAGUAUACCAUUAAUUUCUUCAAAUAAUCAAUUAGGUCAUUCAUCUCAACAAAUUUUACAAAUACUUUUAUCACCGAGAUUUUUUUCGAUUGGAAUUCAAAUUCGUGCUGGAGAUCAAACAUUGACUCGAGCAAAUUCUGUUUUUGAUGAAGAAAUAAUUAAAAGAUUUGAAAACUAUUUUAUAUGUUCUCAACAAAUAAUUAACACAAAUAAAAAAUUAUUUCGUGACACUAAUCAAAUUCCAAUUAUUUUUUUGUUAUCCGAUAGUGUUCAAAUACGUCAAGCUGCUUUAAAACGUUGGAAAUUCUCAUUAGAAUGUUUUCAAUCAGUUGAAAAUCAAUGUCAAUCGAAUAAUAAUGAUUCAAAGAUCUUAUCACAUUCUGACCCAGUUUUCCAUAUAGCCAUGACAUCUAAUCAAAAAUUAGCUUUUCAAUUAGGAAUUUUUGAUCAGUUUCUUUUUAGUUUAUGUGAACAACAUAUAAUUACUCUAAAAAGUGGAUUUGGUCGCAUUCCAGCUUUUGCAUCUUUAAAAUUACGGAAUAUUUAUUCAUUGGAAUCUAAACAAGAACCUUUUUGUGAAAAUCAAAGUGUACCACUCGCCAUUUCAGGUCAUCAUUGGUCGGGAAUUUGA